AUGAACAAGGGAAAGAAGCGUGACAGGGGUUCAAAGCCUCCUAAGAAGCCCCGUCCUACCCAAGCCCCUGUCCCAGCUCCCUCAACCCCCGCCCCGGCCACCUCUGCUCCUGUCCCCAUGAAGCCCUUCGCAGCCAUCAAGGUGGAGAGUGUGGAUCUAUCGCCACUGUGGAAGAAUUACCAUCCACGCUCCACAUUGCUCUUUACUGACGAAACAAAGUGGUAUACUCCGCAAGGGCAAGCCAGAUCCCACCUCCCCUCUGCCAAGACCUCCCUGAAGGAACUGGCUGCCAAGAUACUGCAGCAAGAGGUUCACAAUUAUGACAGGGCUGAGUCAUCUGGACCCAAGGGGCGUGAUGUGAAGUUCCGGCAGACGGUGUUCAGCCACGGCACAUCACGGGACAAGGUGGCGGCCCACGUGCUGCGCUGCAUGGAGGCACCACUGCAUUCUCUGUCCAACCUCCGUGCCCUGGUGGCCCUCGUCACUCCCAAGGCCAAAGGCACAUUUGAGGAGAUCCUGUCCUCCCUGACAGAGCUCUUCAAGACAACAUUUCUACCACACCGUCACCUGGCGCAGAGAUUUGAGUCCCACAACUGUGCCGCCCUCGCCCCCCUCCUCAAGGACCGGGACAGGGCCGAGAGACAGCUGGCACUUUGGCACUAUGAGGACCAGCUGGCUGCCAUCUAUCACCGCCUUGUCCACCAGCUGUCUGAGGUGUGCAAGGAGGAGGUGGAGCACAACAAGAUGCGAGCCAUUAGGGCCUUGGUGGAGCUGCUCGCUGCCAACCCCAGGCAGAACUUCACCCAGAUCCUGCAGGUGGUGGCCAACAAGCUGGGCGACCCUGCACGCAAGGUGGCCGCCCACGCCAUGUACUGCCUGCGCACCCUCCUGCAGCGCCGCCCAGCCCUCAAGUCACAGGUGCUGGCUGAGGUGGAGGUUAUGUUGUACAGGCCAAACAUCAACACCAAGGCCCAGUAUUUCUGCCUGUGUUUCCUGAAGGACAUGAUCUUCAAGCGACGGGACGAGAAGGUGGCGACUGAACUGGUGAAGCUGUAUUUUGGCUUCUUCAAGGCUUGCACUAAGAAGGGGGAGGUGGACACAAGGCUCAUGUCGGCACUGCUGCGUGGACUGAACAGAGCCUUCCCAUACUCCGGCAUGGGGAGCGCGGCACUGGAGGAGCAGCUUGGCACCCUCUUCAAACUGUGCCACUUGGUCAGCUUCAACAUCGCCACACAGGCACUGCAGCUCGUCUAUCAAGUCCUGUGCAGCAGAAAGGAGGGCCAGAUAUCUGAUAGGUUCUACCAGGUGCUGUACCAGUGUCUCCAGGACCCACUGUUUGGCACGGCGGCGGGCACCACAGCCUUCCUCAACCUGGUGUACAAGGCCAUCAGCAGUGACACCUCUGAUCCGCGCACUCUGGCCUUCUGCAAACGUCUCCUGCAGGUGAGCCAGUACCAGGGGCCGGCUGUGGCCUGUGGGGUGCUGUACUUAGUGUCAGAGGUGGUGAAGGAGAGGCCGUCCUUGGCACACUCCCUCUCCGCCCUCCUCCGCACACCCUCCUCUGGCCCUGGGGAGCUGGAGGACGACCUUGAGGUGUUCCCUGAUGUGGAGGACGAGGAGGAGGAGGAGGAGGAUGUGAAGGAAAGUGAUUUGGGUGAGCAUGAAGAUGAUGAAGAGGAAGAAGGUGAUAUAAAGGACAGUGAUUUGGAUGAUGAAAAGGAGGAAGAGGAAGUGAUGGAGGUGAAGGAAGAGGAUGAAGAAGAAGAAGAGGGAGAUAUGAAGGACAGUGAUAAAGAAGAAAAUAUAACAGAAGUGAAGGAAGAAGAUGUGACAGACAAUAAACCAGAAAUAAAACAAGAAGAUGAAGAAAAUGAAGACAAAAACAGCGACAUUGUGGAGAUCAAGAAGGAAAAUGGUGAUGGUGAUGAUCUUAACACCACCAGCACCACCACAGAGGACACCAAGCCAGUCUUCACCACCACCUCCUCCUGGCACCACCUCCUGAACCCUGGCACUGGGGGGGGUCAUGGGGUGGUUCACAGGACACAAUAUGACCCUCGCCACAGGAACCCUCUCUACUGUGGUGCCCAGUACUCCUCCUUGUGGGAGCUGGGGUACCUCAAGGCACACUUCCACCCCUCUGUAGCGGUGUUUGCCGGGCGGGUGUUGGAGGGGCAGUCGGUGGAGUAUGCCGGCGACCCACUCCAGGACUUCACCCUCAUCCGUUUCCUCGAUAGAUUUGUGUACCGUAACCCAAAGAAGACUGCCAAAGUGGGGAAGGACAGUGCGGGUGGGGAUGUACUGGGCCGCAGCCAGUACGUGCCACAGGGUGUUCGUGGCAUUGCUGUGAACACUGAGGAGUUCUGCGCCCUGGAGGCCCACCAGGUGCCCGAGGAUGAGGUGUUCUUCCACAAGUACUUCACCCAGUUCAAGGCGGGUGUGGUGAAGAAGGGUGAUGCAGGGAGUGACAGUGAUGACUCGGUGGAUGAUGAUGAGUUUGACACCUUCCUCGGCCAGACGGAUGGUGGUGGUGGUGGUGGUGUGGAUGUGGAUGAUGAGGAGCUGGAUGAUGAGAUGGAUUUUGCAGCCGGAGCCAAAGCCAGAGUGGAGAGGAAAGCAGCAGGCAGUCGGAAGGGCAAGGAUAAUGAAGUUACAGACGAUGGCGGUGAUGAGGGUGGUGGUGAUGCUGAUGAUGAUGACUUUGAGGGCGCUUUUGGGAGUGACGGUGAUGAUGAUGGGGAUGAAAUGGACUUUGGAGGAGAUAGCGGUGAUGAUGGUGAUGAUGGUUUUGGUCGUGGUGGUGGUGACGACGAUCUUGGCUUUGAUGAAGAAACUGCAGCAUUUUCAGAUGAUGAAUUUGAGGAGGGACCGCCCAAGAAGAAAGUGAAGGGGAACACAGCCGUGGGUAAGAAAGGCAAGAAGCAGAAGCAGCGUUGGGCGGCAGAGGGUGACGGGGAUGGGGAGGAUCUUGGGUCCAUGUUUGCCAGUGCAGAGAGCUUUGCACACAUGCUGGAGGAGAACGAGGGUGCCGGUGACCCUGGCACUGGCACCUCCCAGGCACUGGCCAACAGGGACCGUGCACAUGCCAAGCAGCUGACAUGGGAGGUGGAGAGGGACCGGAAGAUGAAGGAACAGAAGUGGCGGGGCAAGAAGAUGGGGCCGAGGAGAGGGGCAGGGAAGGGACGGGGUAUGGGGCCCAGGAGAGGGGGAGGAGUGGGGGGAAAGAUGGGUGGUGCAGGGUUCAAGAGGUCAAGGGGAGGGGGUAAUAGGGGUGGUGGAAAUAUGAGGGGAAAGAGGGGAAGGAAAUAUUAAAGUGAGUUGUUUGUAAUUAUUUUUUUUCUUUUUUUGUAUAUUAAUAAAGUUGAUGAAUUUU